UCGCAAAAACAAACAAGGGUUUAAGAAAUUCACUCAUUAUCUCUGGUACCCACAUGGGGUUUUCAUUUACAGACAACAAAACCCUAUAAAAACCCUAAUAAUAAUAAUACAAAAACUUAUCAAGACGGCUGCUUUAUCACUCACCAGGAAACUUGGCCUUAAACGGCAGUCGUUUCAGUUUCCAGAAACAACUGUAAUGGCUUUCACAACACCUACUAAUAGUUUCAAGAAACCCCCUUCUUGUUACUGGUUUAGUCAUUCUUGCCCCGGGGUUUCUUCUGCUUCUGCUACUAACAGGUCUUUAUGGAGCUCAUCAAAAACUACUAAACCCCUUUAUAGGUGGCAAGUUCAAAUUCCCCAUAGUACAAAAGGCCGUUUUUGCAAUGCUGCCAUGGUUUUUAGACAAUUUGGAUUUAACUCAUGGUCAAAUAUGAGUACCAUGUCUUUUGAUGAAAGUCAAAGAUAUGUAAAUAUGACACAUUAUCAAUCAUGUGCUGACUUUAGGCUUCUUGUGGAUUCAAACAGAGGUGAUUCAUAUGCGCGAAUGGUGCCACGUGGCACUAAAGAUGGAGUCCCCGGAAAUACAUGCAUUACUCCGUUUAGGAGACAAGACCCACCAAAGCCAACAUGGAAUCAAGCAACACGAGAGUUAAAAAUUAUGAAGGAGGAAACGUCCAAGAAAGUGAGCCUUGCAGUCCCUAAUGUUCAGUAUGCAGGAACUAUCAUAACUGAGUCUCAUAAACAUGAGACUGAAGUCAAAGGUGAGUAUGAGAAGUUCCAAAGUGAACCCUCAAGUCAGUCAUCUAAUGGAAAUUUUCCGAGUCAAAAACGGUUGGACUCAAAACAAAAGUUUUCAGAAGAUACAGUUGUGAAUGGUGUCCACAUAAAGGAUUUGCAAUUUAAGAGUCGGUUAGUGGGAAGACGUGAGAAAAGCUCUAUAGAUACCGGUAGCGAUCUGAGUGAAUCAUACAACCUACCUACGGAUUUUAACCACCAAAAGGACUUAGAAUCAAAGAGUCAGUUAGUGGGACAUCCCGAGAAAUCUGUGAAUAAUGUUAAUGAUUUCAAUGAAACAUACAUUGUACCAAUAGAUUCUAAGUGCACAACUAAUUUACAGAAUAGGCUUAAGAGCAUUUAUGACAAGGUUCUUGUAGUUGAUAACAUCUCCAUAGCCAAAGAAGUAGUGAAAAAACUCACGACUCAGUACCGCCAUCUAGUCCAUGCUUGUGAUACCGAGGUGGCUUCCAUUGAUGUUAAACUAGAAACUCCAGUAAAUCAUGGAGAAGUUAUAUGCUUCAGCAUUUACUCCGGGCAUGAAGCGGAUUUUGGAAACGGCAAAUCUUGUAUUUGGGUUGAUGUUUUAGAUGGUGGCGGCAAGCAUAUAUUGGAUAUAUUCUCACCUUUCUUUGAAAACCCCAUGAUUAAAAAGGUUUGGCAUAACUAUAGUUUUGAUAACCAUGUUAUAGAGAAUUAUGGCCUGAAACUUUCUGGUUUUCAUGCUGAUACAAUGCACAUGGCUCGAUUAUGGGAUUCUUCAAGACGUAUGUCAGGUGGAUAUUCUCUAGAAGCGCUUACCAGUGAUGUAAAAGGAAUCAUGUCAGGAGCUGAUUUAGGUCCCAAUGAAGAGUUAAUUGGGAAAGUAUCAAUGAAAACUAUUUUUGGGAGAAGAAAACUUAAAAAGGAUGGUUCAGAGGGAAAGGUUGUCAUUAUUCCUCCUGUUGAAGAGCUUCAGAGGUUCGAACGAGAACCAUGGGUUUGCUACUCGGCUUUGGAUUCAAUAAGCACUCUCAAGCUGUAUGAAAGAUUAAAAAGCAAAUUAUCGAAUAGAGAGUGGAAGUUCAAUGGAGUUACAAAAGGAACACUAUUCGACUUUUAUGAACAAUAUUGGCGCCCGUUUGGUGAGCUUUUGGUAAAAAUGGAAACCAAUGGGAUGUUUGUUGAUCGGGCCUAUCUUAAAGAGAUUGAGAAGGUUGCUAAAGUUGAACAAAAGAUAGCUGCUGACAGAUUCCGUAACUGGGCAUCAAAAUUGUGUCCAGAUGCUAAAUUCAUGAAUGUGGGAAGUGAUACACAGUUACGCCAGCUCUUUUUUGGUGGCAUUAUAAAUAGCAAAGAUCCUAGUCAAUCCUGGCCAUUGGAGAAAGAGUUCAAAGUUCCUAAUGUUGAUAACAUUAUCGAAGAAGGCAAAAAAACUGCCACUAAGUUCCGUAAAAUUAAACUAAGUACGAUUUGUUCCGGUCUAGAAACUGAAACAUACACUGCAUCGGGGUGGCCUUCCGUUAGCGGAGCUGUUUUAAAGACUCUCGCUGGGAAGAUAUCAAUGGAUUAUGAUAUUAUAGAUGAAGAGGAGGAAAACGAUGAUGAUCUGGACAGUGCUGAGCUGGUAGAUAAAAAGCGGGAAACUUACACGAACAAUACAGACGCUGCUUAUGGAACUGCUUAUGCUGCCUUUGGAGGGGGAUAUGCAGGACAGGAGGCAUGCCAUGCCAUUGCUGCUUUAUGUGAAGUUUGCUCUAUAGACUCUCUGAUAUCUAACUUCAUCCUCCCUUUACAGGGCAGCCAUAUAUCUGGCAGAAAUGGGCGUAUUCAUUGUUCACUAAAUAUCAACACAGAAACAGGGCGUUUGUCAGCCAGGAGACCAAAUCUGCAGAACCAGCCUGCUUUAGAAAAGGACAGAUACAAGAUCCGCCAGGCAUUUAUAGCAACACCAGGAAACUCUCUUAUUGUUGCUGAUUAUGGGCAGUUGGAACUGCGGAUUCUUGCACACCUAGCCAACUGUAAGAGCAUGCUGGAUGCUUUCGAAGCUGGUGGAGAUUUCCAUUCAAGAACUGCAAUGAACAUGUAUCCUUACAUCCGCGAGGCAAUUGACAGAGAAGAGGUUCUUCUUGAGUGGCAUCCUCAACCUGGUCAAGAAACUCCCCCUGUUCCUCUCCUGAAGGAUAAGUAUGCUUCUGAAAGAAGAAAAGCAAAGAUGCUCAAUUUUUCUAUUGCAUAUGGGAAAACCCCGGUUGGGCUUGCACGUGAUUGGAAGGUUUCAGUAAAUGAAGCUAGAGAAACAGUUGCUCGAUGGUAUGCAGGUAGAGAAGAAGUUCUUAAGUGGCAAGAAGCACGUAAAAAGGAAGCUCGUACAAUUGGAUGUGUAUAUACAUUGCUAGGACGUGCACGCACUUUCCCAUCCACAAAAACUGCCGGUGCAUCUCAUAGAGGUCACAUUGAACGUGCUGCCAUCAAUACUCCCGUCCAGGGUAGUGCUGCUGAUGUUGCUAUGUGUGCCAUGUUAGAAAUAGCUAAGAACACUCGUCUCAAAGAUCUAGGGUGGAAACUGCUUUUACAGGUUCAUGAUGAAGUAAUUUUGGAAGGGCCGACGGAGUCGGCAGAGGUUGCGAAAGCAAUAGUUGUGGAAUGCAUGUCAAAACCCUUUGAUGGCAAGAACAUUCUUAAAGUUGGCCUAUCGGUUGAUGCGAAAUUUGCUGAAAGUUGGUACGCUGCCAAGUAGAAAUUGAAUAGCAUGGUUCCGAAACCCUACACUGCGCAUUUGACAUCUGUUGGCUGCUGGUUAAAGUUUUGGACUCCACUUAAUAUUCUGAAUUUCUCUGUGAUGACAAAUUGACCUGUCAAGAAGAUUUGCGGCUUUAACCAAUGACUCUGGUCUCUUUGGAACUUGAUUGGCAAUUUUGCUGCCUGUAGAAUAGUUCUGGUUUUGCAAAGAUCCUUUUAUUGUAUAUAUAGCUUUUGGAAUCUAGGUAAGUAUGUAACUCGAGUGCCAAGUGUACAAAAGAUGUUAAAAGCAGUUUUUCUAUGGCAUCCAUGGUUUUGUUUCAA